CCUGCAUGCGACCACAGAGAGAGGGCUAUAUGCUUGGGAAAUAUUUGAAUCACUAGGCAGGGAUUAAAUGGCAAAAUAAGACAUAGAGCAGCUAAGACAUAGAGAGCACAAGGAGAUAUACAAUAGUUCAGAGAAGAAUAGAACACAAACUGAUGCAGACAGGAAUAAAGACUGAGAAACAUUCAAACUGAAACAACGGUUCCAAUCUGAGAAAAAUCCACAAUGACAGCACCGACACAGCAGUUGGAUGAGCUGUGUUAUCUAACAGCACAGUCGCUACCAUCGCUAAAGACGUCAGACCACUUUCGGCUUGUCAAGCUACUGGGCCAGGGUUCAUAUGGCAAGGUGAUGCUGGCAGUUCACAGAAAGAGAGGCACUCCCAUGGCCCUGAAAUUCUUCCCCCGUGGAUCCACCUCCCUGGCUUCCUUCCUGCGCGAGUAUAACCUCUCUCUUAGCUUCUGCACACACCCGUCUCUCACGAAGGCUUUGGGAAUUUUCUAUUCCACCCCCUCCUACUACGUCUUCGCCCAGCAAGCUGGCCUGUACGGAGACCUGUAUGAUGUGAUUGUCGGAAAGGUGCUGAUGGGGGAGGAGUGCGUUCAGCGGGUGGCGUCCCAGCUGAGUGGAGCCAUCUCCCACCUCCACAUGCUGGGCUUUGUCCAUCGGGACAUCAAGCCAGAGAACAUCUUCCUGUGCGACAAGGCCUGCCGCUGGGUCAAACUGGGGGACUUUGGGCUGGCCAGGCCCCAGGGGACCGAGGUCCGGGCGGUGUGGUACGACUCUCCGUUCUGCGUGCCAGAGGUGGAGGCGGCAAAGGAGAGGCUGGAGGCCACGGCCGAGCAACGGGGAGAACCCACCAAGGACAGGAAGAAGGUAGAGAAGCAGGAAGUGAGGAAGGCCUUCUGGAUGUCAGUGGAGCCCAGCAUCGACAGCUGGGCCCUGGGGAUUCUAAUCUACUGCAUGCUGACUGCCUGCUUCCCUUGGGAGGAGUCCACUACCGAUGACCCGGGAUACCGGAAAUACAAGGAGUGGUUCAACAAGGAAGCAGACAGAGAGGAGAGAAGGAAUCGCAGAAAACAGGGAGAGUGGAUGGAGAGGGAGGGAAGGGACAUCAUGAGGCUGGAGGAGGGAGGGAUCGAUGAGACGGCUGAACCCAACCCUGCCAUCCCCCAGUUUGCGGUCUUCAGCCCCCUGGCCCUGGCCCUGUUCCGGCAGGUUCUGAACCCAGAUCCCAAGCAGCGAGCGGCUGCCGAUGAGGUGCUGGGGUACCUAGGCGGAGCCUGGCUUCUGGAAACAGAAAAAGAGGAGAAGAAACGGAUGAGGGAAGCAGAGGCAGAGGCGAGGAAAAUAAGUGAGGGAGGGGUGAUGGGGGAGGAGAAGGUAAGGGAAAGCAGACAGGAGAGAUAA